AUGAACCACACUUGGACAUACAACCUGAGCUUUGGUGCACCUGCAGAUCUUGUUGAGCCAAGGGCUGGACUCUCACGAAAUGGGCACACCAUAGUGGCUGUUUUUCUUGGAUUUAUCUUGUUUUUUGGUUUCUUGAAUAACUUGAUUGUCCUCAUCCUCUUCUGCAAGUUUAAAACCCUCCGUAACCCUGUCAACAUGCUUCUCCUGAACAUCAGUAUCAGUGACAUGUUAGUGUGCAUCUCAGGCACUACCCUCAGUUUUGCAUCUAACAUCCAUGGCAAAUGGAUUGGAGGGGACCAUGGUUGUAGGUGGUACGGCUUUGUCAAUUCCUGCUUUGGCAUUGUGUCCUUGAUCUCCCUGGCUGUCCUGUCCUAUGAACGCUACAGCACUCUCACCCUGUGCAACAAGCGCAGCGCUGACUACCGGAAGGCAUUGCUGGCAGUCAGCGGUUCAUGGAUUUAUUCCCUGCUCUGGACCGUGCCACCUCUGAUCGGUUGGAGCAGUUACGGGGUAGAAGGUGCAGGUACAAGCUGUUCAGUACGCUGGUCCUCUGAGUCAGCUGAGUCCACCUCCUAUAUCAUCUGUCUCUUCAUAUUCUGCUUGGUCAUCCCUGUGAUGGUCAUGAUGUACUGCUACGGUCGCCUUCUCUAUGCUGUUAAACAGGUUGGAAAAAUCCACAAGAAUGCUGCCCGCAAAAGAGAAUACCACGUACUGUUCAUGGUGAUCACUACAGUUAUCUGUUAUCUCGUGUGUUGGAUUCCCUAUGGAGUUAUAGCAUUACUUGCAACAUUUGGUAAGCCAGGUGUGGUGACUCCAGUUGCAAGCAUCAUACCUUCAAUCCUAGCAAAAAGCAGCACUGUUUGCAAUCCAAUUAUCUACAUACUUAUGAAUAAGCAG